AUGAGCAGCGGCUCCUGGAAAUCCGACGGGAUGCUGAUUGCGCCGUGCAGUGUGAAGACGCUUGCUGAGAUCGGGGCAGGGUAUGCGGAGGAUUUGAUAUCGCGGAGUGCAGAUGUCUGUAUUAAGGAGAGGAGGCCGUUGGAUUUGGGAGUUAGGGAGACGCCGUUGAGUGCGAUUCAUUUGGAGAAUAUGUUGGCGUUGGCGAGGCUGGCGGUUGUGAGUUUUCCGGCUGUGCCGGCGUUUUACACGAGGCCGAGGGCGUUGGAUGAUAUUGUGGACCAUAGUGCUGUGAGGAUGAUGGAUUAUUUUGGGAUUGAGUUGGAUGGGUUUAUGCCUGGGGAGGGGAAGAGGGAGGGGUUUCAGAAGUAG